AUGUCCCGUCAAUUGAUCUCCAGCGAAAAGUACCCUCCCAAGCCACACAACUGUCCCGCCGUCAAGGUCCCAGGCCUCGUCUUCUGUGCCGGACAGACCGCUACCGGCGAGAUUAAGCAAGCGACACGCACGGUAUUGCAAAACCUAAAGGAAGUCCUCGAGCUGGCCGGAUCAUCCCUGGAACAGGUGGUAAAGUAUAAUGUCUAUCUGGCCGAUAUGAAGGAUUUCGCGGCGAUGAAUGAAGUGUACAUUGAUUUUCUUCCAAAGCCGAUGCCUUCGCGCUCGUGUCUUCAGGCGCUGCCUCCUGGCGACGGGACGGUGAUUGAGAUAGAAUGUAUUGCGCAGGUUUAG